CCCGAUGGAGGUCGGGCGCAGGCGAAGAUGGAGGUUUAGUUCUUGUCUGGCAUCCGCUGGAGAAGGAGGGCGCUUUGCCGCAUCGUGUUUUGUUUUCAGUUUUCCUUUGAAAUACUUGGUUUUUUUGGACUCUGCUCGACUUCAACAUGGAGAUGAAGAAGAGGAUCAGUCUGGAGCUGAGGAACAGAAACCCAGCGGAGGUGGCGGAGCUGGUGGUGGAUAACUGUCGCUCCAGUGACGGGGAGGUCGAAGGUCUGACGGAGGAGUACACAGAGCUGGAGAUCCUCAGUAUGGUGAACGUCGGCCUGACCUCGCUCUCCAAACUGCCCUCACUGCCCAAACUACGCAAGUUGGAGGUGAGUGAUAACACCAUCUCAGGAGGUUUGGAUACGUUGGCAGAGAAAUGUCCCAACCUGACGUACCUGAACCUGAGCGGGAACAAGAUCAAGGAGCUGAGCAGCAUGGAGGCUCUGCAGAACUUAAAGAACCUGAAGAGUCUGGACCUGUACAGCUGUGAAGUGACCACGCUGGACAACUACAGAGAGAGCGUGUUCGAGCUGCUGCCUCAGCUCACGUACCUGGACGGAUACGACCAGGACGACAACGAGGUGCCCGACUCCGAGGCCGACAACGACGAGGAUGAUGAAGCCGGCCCACCUGGAGACGACGACGACGAAGAGGACGACGAGGAGGGCUCUGAAGGGGACGAGGAUGAGGUCGGCCUGUCGUACCUGAUGAAGGAGGGAAUCCAGGAUGAAGAGGACGAUGGAGACUAUGUUGAGGAGGAAGAGGAGGAUGAGGAGGAAGAGGAAGAUGGAGAUGAUGAUGGAGCUGGUGUUCGGGGGGAGAAGAGGAAGAGGGAUGCAGAGGAUGAAGGUGAUGACGACGAUGAUGAAUAGAUGAACCACCUUCACACACUGUAACACCUGCCCCCCCCCCUCCCUCCCUCCAGUGACGCCUGACCUCUGACCCCGCUGGGCGUCGCCUCAGAGCCGCAGACAGACAGGAAACACAGCAGUGAGAUCAGGUCCAGGAUCAGUGAUGAUGAUGAUGCUGACUCACACUCAGUGUUUUUACAGUGUUACUGCUUUUACUGAAUACUACAGUAGUGCCCUGCAUUACUGUGUGUGUGUGUGUGUACACAGUAUAUGUACACACACACACACACUCACCUGUUUAUUAAUUGAAAACAUAAUAAAAGUUUUAAAGUUUCCUCUUACGCAGGGUUUUAUGCCGAUCAGCUGAUCCCUGCUUCCUGAGCCGCCGACGUGGAUCACACGUGUUUCAUGUGAUAAUAACAGGAAACACGGUGCGUGUGAUUUGCUGCUCUAAGCCUCUGUAGAGAACUCCGUCCACCUCUGGAGCUGUGUCCGUUGAUCUGAUCUGGGAUCAGGUUGAGCUGAUUCAGAUCAGUUUGGUCAGAAAUCAGUGAACUUAAAUCAUGAAUCCAGAUUUCAGCGUCAUGUUCCGAUCGCCUGCAGCGCGAUGUCGCCUCCGUCAAUUAGACCACGGGUCCUUUCUUUAAAAAUGACUGUUACUACAUGAACCCUUUGCUUUAGCCCCGCCCCCUCCCCUGUCACCUGUCGGUCUGCGGCUCCCUGCUCGGGGCGGGCCCGGCUCCUCCUGACUGGUCUGUGUAAAUAGAAGUGAACUGGUCUGUGUUGGUUUUUGUGGUGCCGUGUUUCUGAACCUGAAUUGUGGGUGUUGAGUUUGAAACGUGGAGCUGCAGCUGACGCUCGUCCUCAGCUCAUUUUAUUUUUUUAUUCCUGUCGUCUGUGUCGCUGUAACCAGAGUGUUUUUGAAUAAAAACCACUGAAUUCUC